UGGAAUCCUCUAUUCUUGGAGGUUUUGUUUACUGGAAAGGUCGUUUAAGGCUUAACAGUUAUAACUUCCUUCACCUAACCACCAUGGGUCUCCUCGACAAGCUCUGGGACGACACUUUCGCCGGACCACAACCGGAAAACGGCCUUGGCAAGCUCCGUAAACACUCCAGCUUCAGUUUCCGAUCAAAUUCCGUCAAGGAAGCGGAGGUCGAGAAUGGAAGAUCAUACAUGGAUGAGAUGACGGAGGAGGCGACGAGGGUUACGCGUAGCAUCAUGAUAGUGAAGCCUCCUGGAAAUUAUGGAUCACCGCCGGUUUCUCCUGCCGGAUCUACUCCUCCGGUAUCUCCAUUUUCCGGAGGUAAGGGAUCGAACAGGUUCCGACGGAAAUCGGCGUCGGAUGCGUACGAGAGAGCGGCAAAUAAGGAGGAUGGAGCCAGGAGCCCUCGUUCUUCUUUUGAUGUGUAAAAUACGAGAGAGACUUGACGAUGACGAUGCUGAUGAUGAGGAGGAAGAGGAGGAGGAGGGGGAGGGCUCUUUCUGCAACUUCCUUACUGGCCGAUGCGUCUCCCUCCUCUGUUUUGUAGUAUCAUGUGAAAUUUUCAAGUUUGUACUACUAGUCUAAAGUGGGUGUGCAGAUAUCAGAUAUCGUGUGUAUCUGCAAUAAAUGUAUAGAGGAAGAACAUGGCCAGUUGUUGUUAGCUAGCUUGUUAGGACAUAGCUGUGGUAAAUAGGGUAAAGGCUUAUACUUAGAUGUGGGGGAAGAAAGAAGGAUUAAAGAAGAGGGGCCAGUGGUUGUAAGCUAGCUUGUUAGGACAUAACUGUGGGGGGGAGGAAGAAGGAUUGAAGAAGUGGGGUGUGUGUGGUGGUGUUUUGUGUGUGAUGUGUUUAUAUAUUAAUGUAUGGGUUGGUUUGUGUUCUGAUGAAGGCUUUGUAAUAUUCAGGAAACCGUAAAAGAUCUUUCUACUCUCUA